AUGUCAAGGGCACCAUCACCCUCCCUGCCUUUGCACAAUGACUCGUCAGCCACGUUGUCUUCGCGGACCCCUACGUCUUCGUCGAUAACAUCUACCUACUCCCUCCUCGAUGCUGAAGAGACAGCGAUUCGCUUGGACACAUCUUUGGCCUUGGGUCUUUCGCCCUCGGAGGCGGAGGCUCGGCUGAUCAAGAAUGGCCCGAAUGAGUUACCACACGAGGAACCAGAACCAUUAUGGCUACGAUUCCUCAAACAGUUUAAGGAGACCUUGAUUUUGCUUCUUCUUGCAUCGGCCGGUGUAUCUUUUGUGAUGGGCAACCUGGACGACGCUGUCAGCAUUACACUUGCAGUCACUAUUGUCGUAACAGUUGGCUUUGUUCAAGAGUAUAGAUCAGAAAAAUCGCUAGAAGCUUUGAGCCGCCUCGUUCCACAUUAUGCACAUAUUAGAAGAGGGGGAUCACGGUAUCAGCGUUCAUCAUCUUCAUAUAGCGCGCCAAGGAGCAGCUCGAUUGAAAUGGAACCUUUAACAAAUGGAUCUGCUUCUGGGCCGGACCAGACAUCUUUUACCGUGCUAGCAGCUCAGCUAGUUACUGGAGACCUGGUGUUGUUUUCUACUGGUGAUCGCAUACCCGCAGAUAUCCGAAUUACUCAUGCAGCGGACUUGACCAUUGAUGAAUCGAACCUUACGGGCGAAAAUGAGCCUGUGAUCAAGGUCGCAGCGAUUCUCGGGAAAGAUAAGCCUACUCGGUCGAAUUCGAACUCGCCCCCUCGAACGCCAAUGUUCGCUUCGCCUGCGGCAGGAACGGUUGGUGCGGAUGUGCGCCUCAACGAUCGACACAACAUCGCGUUCAUGGGUACACUCGUGCGCUCCGGUUAUGGAGAAGGUAUUGUAAUUGCUACAGGAUCCAAGACGGAAUUUGGGACCAUUUCACUCUCUUUGCAAGGCAUUGAAGCUCCGAGGACGCCACUCCAAUUGUCCAUGGACCAACUCGGGAAGCAGCUUAGCUACAUUUCCUUUGCUAUUAUUGGCGUAAUCGUGUUGCUCGGGCUGUUGCAAGGGAAGAAGCUUCUGGAUUUGUUCACCAUCGCGGUAUCACUCGCGGUUGCAGCCAUUCCCGAGGGCCUGCCCAUCAUCGUCACUGUCACAUUAGCCCUAGGAGUUCUACGCAUGGCAAAGCGUGGCGCUAUUGUUCGAAAGCUACCCAGUGUUGAAACUCUUGGUUCUGUGAACGUGGUCUGCAGUGACAAAACAGGGACGCUCACUUUGAAUCAUAUGACGGUUACGAAGAUGUGGCAUUUCGACGCCGGAAUGCCUUUCGAAGUCGACAAGGAGACUCUCAACUCGCCUGGUCCAGCCACCAGAGCCGUAUUCCGCGUCGGAAACAUUGCCAACAAUGCUAGACUGUCGAGCGCUAGCGCCAAUUCGCCUGCCACCGCUGCAUCUGCUGCAGUUCUGUCAUCAACCCAGGAUCAAUCGACAAGCAGCGCCAAAAGCCGAUGGGUUGGCCAACCGACGGAUGUGGCAGUUCUAGACCUGCUGGAUGCAUUUGGCGAGGACGAUGUCCGUGAACGUAUUGGUGCGCGCAUCGCCGAGACCCCUUUUAGCUCGGAGCGGAAAUGGAUGGGUGCGGUCAUUGGGAGUGCCGUAGGUGAUGCUGCGAGCGCAUCAAAUAGCGGCCCCGAGGUAGCAUACAUCAAAGGAGCUCUAGAGCAGGUACUGCAGAGAUGCGAUAGCUAUCUUACCAAAGAUGGACGUGAAAUCAUCCUGGACGAAGCGCGUCGGAAAGAAGCCAUGAGUGCUGCCAACUCGAUGGCUGACGAAGGCCUUCGAGUGAUUGGCUUUGCCAGCGGCACACGUCCGAAGCGAUCCGCCAUCUCCAGCCGCAGCAGCACUCCUCUCCUGACCGUGCAGAAUGCUCAAGGUCGUCCAGAAAAAGGUCAGGAAGACGAUACUCCAUAUUCAGGACUCGUGUUUGCUGGUAUGGUGGGCAUGAAGGAUCCUCCUCGGAAAGACGUGCACCGAUCGAUCAAACGGCUGAUGAGAGGUGGCGUCAAAGUUAUCAUGAUCACCGGUGACGCUGAGACCACGGCUGUUGCCAUUGCCAAAAAACUCGGAAUGCCCAUCAAUACCACUACACCGGGUGUAAGACCUGUGUUGCGAGGUGAUGAGCUUGACCGGAUGAGUGAGCGUGAGCUUGCCGAAGCCAUUGUGCAGACGUCGAUAUUUGCUCGUACAAGUCCUGAGCAUAAAAUGAAGAUCAUCAAUGCGCUGCAGUCUCGUGGAGAUGUUGUUGCCAUGACGGGCGACGGGGUUAAUGAUGCGCCGGCGCUGAAGAAAGCAGACAUUGGCAUUUCCAUGGGUCUGUUGGGUACCGACGUGGCCAAGGAGGCAGCAGACAUGAUUCUCACGGACGAUGACUUCUCCACCAUCCUUCGUGCCAUCGAACAGGGCAAAGGCAUUUUCUACAACAUACAGAACUUUAUCACCUUCCAGCUCAGCACCAGCGUCGCGGCGUUAUCAUUAGUACUUGUCAGCACGGCAUUUGGAUUCAAGAAUCCUCUAAACGCCAUGCAAAUCUUGUGGAUCAACAUCCUCAUGGACGGACCGCCCGCCCAAUCUCUCGGCGUCGAGCCCGUCGACCCACACAUCAUGCACCUACCACCGCGGCCCAAAUCCGCCAGCGUGCUGACCAAACCGCUCCUCCGCCGCGUGCUCACCUCGGCCAGCAUCAUCAUGCUCGGCACGCUCGCCGUCUACAUGCACGAAAUGGUCGACGAACCCUCUUUGCUCUCCUCGGCUCCGUCGUCCUCAACCUACACCUCCUCCCUCGGCUCCAUCCACCACCCCCACCACCACAACAACAACAAAUCCUCCCCAUCCCCAACAACACCAAGAACAACACCAACAACCGAAGAUGCGUGGGAGGAGCGGGGGUGGGGGUGCGGGUGGGUUGAGGGGCGUGGGCUAUUCGGAGAGCGUGUGAGGUGGUGGGUUCUGGGGGGCUAUACUGGAGGGGGUGGAGGUGGAGGUGGUGGAGGAGAAAGGAGGAGGGGAAGGGGCUAG